CCCCAGGAGCGCGGCACCUGCCGCAGGACUCACCCCAUCCCGCAGAGAGGCGGCGGCCCCUUUAAAACCGCAGGAGGCCCCUCCCUUCGGCCCCCUGCCCCUCCCGCCGGGAGGGGGGGGGGGGGACCGCCAGCCCGGCCAAUCAGCGGCGGCGACGCAAGCGGGACCGCCGGCAGCCAAUCAGCGGGCCGCUUAGUCACGGGAGGGGAGGCGAAGCGGCAAGAUGGAGGCCGGCGGCGCGGCGGGCACCGGCGGGGAGCGGCAGGUCCCGGCCGCCUUCCCGGCCCCGCCGCGGCCCGAGGCGCCCGCCGCGUCCCCCGUGGCGCUGCCGGAGCGGCUGCAGCGGCGGGAAGCGGAGCGGCAGCAGGGCGUGGAGCGGCAGCGGCAGAAGAAGGAGGCGCAGGUGGUGAAGGAGGAGCAGAGCGAGUUCCUGGUGGCCGCCCUGGCCCGGGAGCGGGAGGCCGUGGAGGCGCUGCUGGCGGCGGGGGCGCUGGAGGAGGCGGCCGCCCGCCUGCAGGGCCUGCAGAAGAUGCUGACCGAGAGCGUGCGGUUCCUGGCGGCCUACGAGGUGCGGCAGGGGCAGGAGGCCGUGGCGCGGCUCCAGGCGGACCUGGCCGCUCGCCGCCAGCAGCUGCAGCCCAAGAAGAAAUUCGCCUUCCGGGCCCUCAAGAAAGAAGCGGCUCCGGGCAGCGAGCCGCGCCCCGCCGAGCCCGCCCAGCCUGCGGCCGCCGCGCCGGCUCCCGGCCAGGGCCUCGCCGAAGGGGAGGCGGACGGGCCGCCGCUCUGCGGGUUCAGCGGCGCCGAGGGCGCGGAGCUGGAGCUGGGCCCCGCCGAGCUGCUGCAGCGCGACGUGCUGCUCUCCGGGCUGCGCGGCUGCCGGGUGCGGCUCCGCGGCAACGCCAACACGCUGCGGGUGCGGGACUGCCGGGGCUGCACCGUGCUUUGCGGGCCCGUCUCCACCUCCGUGCUGGUGGACGGCUGCAGGGAUUGCCUCCUGGCGCUGGCCUGCCAGCAGCUCCGCACCCACCGCACCCGCGACAGCCGGUUCUACGUGCAGGUGACCAGCCGAGCCGUGAUCGAGGACUGCACGAAGGUCUCCUUUGCCCCUUACACCUGGAGCUACCCUGGUAUCGAGAGAGAUUUCGAGUCUUCUGGGCUGGAUAAAAACAAGAACAGCUGGAACGUGGUGGAUGACUUUGACUGGCUGGCGACUGACAAGCCUUCGCCCAACUGGAGUGUGAUCCCCGAGCAGGAAAGAAUCGGCUGCUGGGACUGACUGCAGGGACAGGCAGUUCCCUGCUGACCAAGAAAUCCUGGUGCAAACGCAUUGAUUCAUAAACUGUGGGGCUUCAUCCCCAAUGUGCCAUUAAAUGAUUCAUUUAGGUCUUUAAAUUGUGAAUUACAGUGUAUGACUGGAUUUUUAAAUCUACAAUACCAGUCAAAUAUAGUUUCCUUUUCUUACACGAGUUGCUGCUAUAAUCUCUAUCACUGUGGAGUUUGCCACCUGCUGCAGUACCUUAUUGGGGAGGUUUUGCUAAUUAAGGUGGGGCAAGGGGCACAAGCAACAGUGACCCUGUAUUAUUAGAGCUGUUGUGCUGCCUUUGCUCACCCAGGCAGAAUCUGAGUUGGCAGCAAGUAGUACAAACUGUACUGGAAUGACAGGAUUAAAUACAAGUUUUUCACGUUUUUGUGGUUCUCAAGUUGCAGGCAACAGUACACUGUAUUUUACGGGGAGUAUGGCACAGGACUUCUGUGAAGGAAUGCAUACAAAAAGGUUAAAUUAAAGGAGGAAUUUGUAGCUGAACAGUGUAGGAGACUGAGAUGAAUCCUAAGCUUGAGCCAGCUGAUGUGGGUUAAAUUUGUAAGGUCUUUACUUAGGCUUUUAUUUCAAGUGAGAAGUCUAAAGGAAAAAAAGUCUUCUAAUGACCACUUAAUGCUCUCCUAAUAUAUUGAGAUGAAUGAACAUAUAGAUCCUAUAUAAAUACUGAACCUUCACCAUCUGGAAAUAGUAUGUGGAAGCAUGGUCAUUCUGUAAAUAGCUUUAACUUGAGAUGAACGAGUGCUUUGAGUGGACUUCUAGGGCAUACAGUAAAUGCUGAUUAACAUUAUACAAAAUGGUUAAACGUCUCUACUGCAGUCUGAAACUUCAGGUGAGAGACAUUAAGGUAUGUCCUACUAGUUGUUUCAUCUGUCUGCCAGAGAAUAGGCUUUGUGGUGCUGUGAUGUUAGUUUACAGCACCCUGCUUCUGCUUAAGUGCAGUGUAGACAGGGAGUCAGUAAAAUGGGAAUAUGAGAAACUAUAUUCCAGUUCCAAAAUAGCAUGUUAUCUAGUAUAAAGUGCACAGUAACUUAAGCCUCAUUUCUUCACUCCUAAAAAAAAAAUAAAAAAUAACAGCAUUAUGGAAUACCAUUAUUUUUACAAUGCCCUGUGGGUGGUGAUGUGACCACUAUCCAUAUAUAGUUCUAGGUUUCCAAAACCACUUCUUAACUUGUGGAAUUUUGCAAGAAAGCACAGCUGAGUGUUGUACUUUAAAACUGCAAAGUAUUUAUGCUGCUUUACCAUCAUACAUGUGCCUCUUAAUAGAAAAUUAAUGCUAGCUGGACCACUGAAAAUUGCAUUAUUGCUAUGAGAAGUACUUGAAACUUGAGUACUUGACUGGUUUUGAGCAGAAAAACUUUAUUUGAAGUUGUUUUCAGUAUAUUUAAUUUAAAAGGGGAGAAAAUAAGGGGGAAUGUUUACAUAUUCUUUACAACUUUCAGUUUUAUUUUUAGUAAUGUAUACUUUUUGACUGACCUGGAUUUUGCAUUUCAAAUAUAUUUGUUUUGAAUUGUU